UUGGCCAGGACUUUGGCCGAGGUGUCGAGGUGGGGGUGGAGGGGUGGAUCUCAAGAGCUAUAAAGCCUUUCUCUGCCCAUUUGGAGCUGCUGAGGACAGCCGCCAGAGUCUGUGUUCCAGGUCUCCUGACGCCAUGGGCACGAGAUACUUCCUGGUCGGGUUUCUCAUCCUCCUGGUGUUGGGAUUCGCAGGCCCCUCAGCUACCCUAACGCACUCUCCUCCUGCAGAGGCCCAAGGGGCCCAUGUUCCCCAGCAAGAUGAGGCCUCGAGCCCUGCCCUGCUCACCAAGAUGCAGGAGUCACUCCUAGGUUACUGGGAUACAGCCAAGGCAGCCGCCCAGAAGCUGUACAAGAAGACAUACCUGCCCACCGUGGAUGAGAAAAUCAGGGACAUAUACAGCAAAAGCACGGCAGCUGUGACCACCUAUGCAGGGAUUAUUACUGACCAGGUCUUUUCCAUACUGUCAGGAGAAGAUUAACAGCUGGGCCCCCAAUCACGGGGGAGUCCAGGCUCCGGCAACCCCCUGGGUCCCCUGAUCUACACCCUUGCCCUCUUCCUUGCAACUCUCAGCAUCCUGUUCCCAAUUCUAGCCUGACUUAUCAAUAAUAAUA